AUGGCAUCUUUAACGCUGUGCGGUAUGAAGUGUACCUCGGACGGAUGUGCGUCAUUCACCUAUGACGUCACAGAUGAAUCAUGUGUGACAUAUUCUACGUUAAUGUGUGAUACUACCGGUGCCACGGUCAAGGCUACAGCUCUCUACUUCUCCACAAAAUUUCAAGAUGGCUGUUUAGUAGCAGAUCCUGCCGGUGACAAGAAAGUACAAUUAUCAACAGGUGUCUGUGUCCAGUUACUGUGUGAUACCAACGGCUAUACAGUGUCUCAAAAAAGGUUUGAUGGAAGCGAGAAUUUUAACCGAACUUGGUUGGAAUACAAGAAUGGGUUUGGUGACGUCAGCGGUGAACUUUGGAUGGGAAACGACCUGUUGCAUUUCUUAACGAAUGUACGGCCACGGCAGCUGAGGAUUGAGAUGGAAAACUGGUUCGGAGAACAAAAAUACGCCGAGUACACCGUGUUCUCCGUAGCGAACGAGGCCGAUAACUACAGAUUGACGCUCUCGGGAUUCUCCGGCGAUGUCUUGGACAUGUUUUCGGGAAUGCAUAAUGGUCAAGUGUUCAGUACAGUGGACAUGGACAACGACGCUUGGGUGAAUGGUGCAUGUGCGGAGCCUGCGUCCAGCGGCUGGUGGUAUAAACUGUGCUACACAUGUAACCUGAAUGGCCUGUACAUAGAGGACUUAGGUGUGGACGAGUCAAACUCGCUUGUCUGGUUCUACUUUACACCUGGCCUCCUCGCUAGACCUCUAAAGAAGUCUAAAAUGAUGUUCAAAUAAUUGAACUGGCUUCAAUAAUGGGUUGUUUGUGAGCCAAAUGAUAGCAAAACAUACAUCUAUUUUAUUGAUUUACUUAAGAACAAACUAUUUUGUUGGAAAAGAUUGUCAACGAAAAGGCUCGCCAGUUGCUGUUGGAAAUAUUUGACGCCAUGUUUGUUGGUCCCAACCGAUUUAUUGCUGCUACUGAUUGAGAUUCUUCUUCGGUGAAACAUUAUCAGGUUGGCCUUCGCUUCAAAUGAACCUACAGAUUCAUCGGCAGACUCCUUUUUUGCAUUUUCCCCAUAUGUUUUGUCUGUGUUUUGAAAAGUUAAAAGACCAUUUUGUCAUUUCACAUUGCAGUGACAGAUAUGACACGUGUGGACACUGUCUGUAGUUAAUAUUGUCUAAAGUAUAUAUCUCACAGUUGAUUUACUGUAUUCGGAGGCUUAUCUUGAUAUUAGGGGUUUUGUGCACAUAAUUUUUUCUAAGGCACAGAAUUUCGAAGCUGUAGUCUUCUUUGAAGACGUCAUAAUGACCCGAUUUUACUUGAUAUUUCAUUAUCUACCAUGAUUACAGAGAUAUUCACUAUGUCGUAAGAUCGUGGGUGGAUCAGAUUGGUACCAAGCAGUACUCUUUACCUGAUUUGACGGGAGAUCUCCUGACGGGUGCCACAUUGUUAUGUUUUGUUUUUGUGUCUACUUAGUACCUGUUGUAUUAUUUAGUCCUAGUUUGAAAUUUGUCCUCGUCUUUUUUUAUCUAAAACCUUU